UCAAAACCAGAAGCUUCUGUCCAUAUCUGAAUUCAUUCUCUUUUCUGGACUGCUCAUACUUCAUUCUCUUUCUCUUUGUUAAUUGAUCAAUACUGUUUUCUGACCAAUCAAUAUAUUAUCUUCUGGUUCUUGUGAGAUUAACUGUGAUUGUUGAGUUGUUAAGAAAAAUGAGCGCUUCAACCACCCUUCCAUUGAUAGACCUUUCGUCUUUGAAGGAUCCUUCUUCGAGGUCUCAGUCAAUUGAAAGAAUUAAGACUGCUUGCAAAGACCUCGGUUUCUUUCGGGUUGUAAACCAUGGAAUUUCGGAGUCUGUUACAAGAGAUGCCAUAGACACAGCAAUUAAGUUCUUUGAAUUGCCAGAGGAGGAGAAGAUGUGUCUGGCUUCAGACGAUAUUUUUAAGCCAGUGAGAUAUGGAACGAAUAUCAGGAAUGAUGUGAAACAAGAAAGUUACCUUCAGAGAAGUUUCCUCAAGCUUUAUUCUCAUCCAAUCUCAAAUUGGAUCCAUCUCUGGCCUGCAAACCCUCCUGAUUACAAGGAAAAAGUGGGGAGAUAUGUGAUGGCAGUGCAAGAUCUUCAAAAGCAAUUAACAGAUCUUGUUCUUGAGAGCUUAGGGAUAAACCCCAAUUCCAUACAAAAACAAAUCGAAGAAGGCAUGCACGUUGUGGCCGUGAACUCUUAUCCACUAAGCUCUGAGCCAAACCUCACUUCAGGCUUAGCUCCUCACACAGAUCAUGGCUUAAUUACUAUCUUACUUCAGAGCUAUCCAGGGCUACAAAUUAAGAACAGUGACGAUAAAUGGGUCAAGGUUCCAUUUUCGGAAGGAUCAUCGUUAGUACUUUUGGGAGAUCAAAUGGAAGUACUAAGCAAUGGGAUAUACAAGAGUGUGAUUCAUCAAGCUGUUAGUUCAGAUCAGAAUCGAAUUUCCAUUGCAAGUAUUAACAGUUUUGCAUUAGAGGAAAAAGUCAGGCCCGCACCAUUGUUAGUAAAUGAAGAAUGUGAAAGCUUAUAUGAAGAGUGUAGCUUUAAAGACUUUCUUGACUUCUUGUCAAGUAGUGAUCAUAAACAGAAAAGAAGGUUCAUUGAUACCUUGAAGAAGAAGAAUCUUGUCAAAGGACAAGCAUAGAUAUAGUAGCAUUCAUUUAUUGGUUGGUUCAUUAAUCUGUAAGGGACACUGUAUAUCCUAGUGUGUACAAGUAAGCGAGUACUUUUGUAAUCUAUGUGCAAGUGUUUUGUGUUCU